AUGGCACUGACCCGGUGCGACUGGCUCCUCCUCAGCGCCACGUUCCUGAGCGCAGGGGCCGAGAUCUCCAUCACCCCCCAGCCCGCCAAGCCCGCCGAGGGCGACAACGUCACCCUGGCUGUCCAGGGGCUCGCGGGGGAGCUGCUUGCUUACAACUGGUAUGCGGGGCCCACGCUCAGCCUGACUUACCUGGUGGUCAGCUACAUCGUCAGCACGGGUGACGAGACCCCCGGCCCGGCCCACUCGGGACGGGAGGCUGUGCGCCCCGACGGCAGCCUGGACAUCUGGGGCGUCGUGCCCGGGCACUCGGGCACCUACAUCCUGCAGACUCUCAACAGGCAGUUCCAGACGGAGGUGGGCUACGGACACCUGCAGGUCUAUGAGAUCCUGGCCCAGCCUGUGGUCAUGGCCAACGACACGGCGCUGGUGGAGCGACGGGACACUCUGCGCCUGACGUGCAGCAGCCCCAGCCCCGCCGAGGUCCGCUGGUUCUUCAACGGCGAUGCACUGCCCAUCGCCGUGCGCCUCGGCCUGUCCCCCGACGGCCGGGUGCUGACCCGGCACGGCAUCCGUAGGGAAGAGGCUGGAGCCUACCAGUGUGAGGUCUGGAACCCGGUCAGUGUCAGCCGCAGCGAGCCCAUCAACCUGACGGUGUACUUUGGCCCAGAACGCGUGGCCAUCCUCCAGGAUUCCACCACCCGCACGGGCUGCACCAUCAAAGUGGACUUCAACACGUCCCUCACCCUGUGGUGCGUGUCCCGCUCCUGCCCGGAGCCCGAGUACAUGUGGGCCUUCAACGGGCGGGCCCUAAAGAACGGGCAAGACCACCUAAACAUCAGCAGCAUGACGGCGGCCCAGGAGGGCACGUACACGUGUAUUGCUAAGAACCCCAAGACCCUGCUUUCUGGGUCCGCCUCAGUGGUGGUCAAGCUCUCUGCGGCAGCUGUGGCCAUGACCAUCGUGCCCGUGCCCGCCAGGCCAAUGGAGGGCCAGGACGUGACACUGACCGUCCUGGGCUACCCCAAGGAUCUGCUGGUCUAUGCCUGGUACCGCGGGCCCGCCUCCGAGCCCAACCGGCUGCUGAGCCAGCUGCCAUCGGGGACCUGGAUUGCAGGCCCGGCACACACAGGCCGGGAGGCGGGCUUCCCCAACUGCUCGCUGCUGGUGCAGAAGCUGAAUGUCACCGACGCCGGCCGCUACACUCUCAAGACGGUCACCCUGCAGGGAAAGACCGAGACGCUGGAAGUGGAGCUGCAGGUGGCCCUCCAGCUCCCUCCCUCGCGUGAGGACGAACGCCAGCUUCCUGAUCCUGACCCUGGCACAGGCUGA